UAUGAGUUUCACUUUGUCAAUUGAAUUAUUGAAAUUACUUAACUUUUCCACAAUAUUCUAAUUUAUUGCGCUGCACCUGUACAUCUGCUGCCCUGCACAUGUGACUAAUAAACUCUGUCACUUAUCUCACUUCUCUCUCUCUCUCUCCCCAGCAGUGUUAUGUUAAGUAGCUGGUCUGCUUUCUGUCUGUGGCUCUACUCCUUGGGUUUCAAUUCCAAACAUGGUUAUCCUUCUAGGGGUCUCUCUCCCCCUCUCGCUCUCUCUGUGCUGCCAACUGUGAGCUCUCUAGCGCAAGCAAAUGGGUGAGGGGAAAUAGAAAGAAAAUCUAGAGCCCGACACAGCAAAACAUUGAAGGGACAAGAGGGAGGGAGAGACGCACAAUGUGAGAAAUCUAUUCCAAUCGUGGUUAUGGUGUAAUAACCGAAUAAAGACGAAUCGUGUACUCCAGCUGUAUGUAAGAGCGCAACAGGGAACAUUAUUUUUGCAAUGUUUUCUCAGUUUUGACUGAACUUUUGAGGAAUAGGCCAACUCCAGUGACAACGGUUCAGUCUCACUGAUAAAGCAACAAAAACUUCAAGCUUGAGUGGAGGACAAACUUUUUCUACGAGCUUUGACCUCUGGUAGCUUUGUAAACUUUGGAAUAUUCUGAGUGUAAAUUUUUUUAACUUAUGGAACAACUAGACAUUUGGUUUGGAAUAACAGCCUCCCUUACCAUGUGUGCAGACAACUCCACCCUGUUGGAGGCGGUUCUCUACGGCCAUCCACCAUGCGAUGGCUGGACCAACAACACAGAGGGGGCCUUCUACCACCUGGGCAACACCGUCUUGUUCCUGGGGUACAUGGGAGGCAGCGGCGCCUAUGGCUGCCUGUUCAUAUUUGGUUUCCAGAUGCUUGCCUUCACCUGCCUGGCCCUGUGGGGCUGGAUGACCAUGUGUGGGGUGGACGUGUUUUCCUGGAACUUGCUACUGCUAGUGGCCUGUGUGCUCCAGAUCUGCCACCUCAUAUACAGGCUGCAACAGGAUGGCCUGACCAGCGAGGAGCUGUCGGCCCUCUACUCAGCCGUCUACCGGCCCAUGGACGUUCCUGUACAGGUGUUCCAAGACAUUGUGGGUGCCUGUGAGAACAAAGUGCUGCCACUAGGGGUAGUGGAGAUGUACACGUGGAGGGCAAGACACCCAUCGAGUGAGGGAAAAGUGAUCCGUGUGUCUCUGGAUGGACAGUUCCUCCAUUACAUCUUCCCCCACAAGUUCAUGGACUCUCCUGAGUGGGAGUCUCUCCAACCCAAUGAAGAGGGGAACUUUCAGGAGAGGAAAACGCUGGGACUGUACCGAUGCGAUACCAGAGAGGGAGAGCUCCUUUGGCCCCCACGGACACCCAUAAGCUGUGAUGGUUUCACCCGCAUUACAAACAGUGGACACAUUCCAGAAAGUCUUUAUUACAGUCAGGCUAUGCAGAUUAUCAGAUGUCACAACACCUGGCAAAGUGUUUAACAUCUCAGGAACCACAUUGUCUUAUAGCAUUCUCCUGAGAUGAGCAGUGCGACUGCAAAAAAGACAACCUUGAACACAACCAUCAUCACUGCCCUGGGUGGAAUCAGACCCACCCAACACCAAAUUCCACUCUCUCACCUUACCUCUCUUCCUCUGAUGUGCGUGACAAUAUAGGAAAGAGUGAAACCCUGGACACUGAACAGAAUUAUGUUCUAAAACUGCAUUUAAUAGUAAAGGUCACAGACCUCUUUUUAUUAUGUCACUCACAUGUCUCCCAUUCAUCUGGAUGGAAAGCCUUUUGAUGUGGUAUAUUGUGUUAGAUAGGAUUAUGAUUCCACAUUAAAGCAAUCAUGUGUCUUUUAUUUUUGAACAGCCAGGGUUGGGUUGGCUAGCUAGGGGCACGUUAAUCGUGUUUGUUUGUGCAGACAUAAUCUGAGAGAAUAAAGUUUGACAGACAGCAUGCUAGAAAGGGAUUUAUCUUCAUACUCACAUUUCCCAAAACAUGAUUUCAAAUUGAACAGGCAUUUGUGUAUGUGAAUGUGAGAUGUCUCACACAUUGUACAUUUAUUUAGUCAUAAACAUAGAGCAUGAGUGUUUUGUUUUUGUUGUUGAAAUAAAAAAUGGGACUACAUAUACACACUGUGAUAAAAAUGUAUUUUCAUGGGGCCAAUGUUUCUCCAUAAAGCUCUUGGUGAAAAUGCA